AUGGCCAAUAGAAGCCUGAUUGGAGGACCUUUGCAACAGUCCUCGAACCUCAAAAAUGCCCUCCACAGGUUGCAGUGUGGAAAUGACAAAAUUCUACCGGCAUUCAAUGCUGAGGCAUCUCUAGAGCCUGAGCAAGAUGCACUCGAUCCUCCUGCUGCUGACCCUACUCCUUAUACACACCGGUCUGAGACUCCUGAAUAUCCGCCCACUGCGCCCAAGGACAAACAGGAUCUGCAGUGUCAGGCGCGUCAUCAGCAGAACCGACGGUUGCAGUGUCGGUCCCUCCAGGUGGAUCUUCGAGUUGGAUUUCUUGGGCAGAGCUCUCGGAAAGCACUAGAGCAGAGAAUUCUUAUUGGGUUAGAGCCUUUGAGGGGCGACAAUAGCUUAAGAGAGAAGAUAGCUUACAAGCCAAGUAGCUCAAGCAACAAGUUCUUCCAAGGGACCCUCAAUCUUCCACUCCACCAUCUGCAGUUAGCGUCUUUUGCCGCUAUAUUAUCUGUGAUUAUGGAACUGCAAGCGGAUGGUAGUAAGUCUCAGUCGGUGGAUACUGCUGGAAAAAUAAGGAAGUUCAGAUGGAUAAUAAAGAAUUUCUCCGGUAUUAGAGACCAAAAGUUGUACUCUGAAAAUUUCAUUGUUGAUGGCAACAAAUGGCGGAUUCUUAUCUACCCAAAGGAGGACAAGUUGGACCAUUUGUCAGUUUGUCUAGAUGUUGCAGAUUCAGCUACUUUGCCUUCGGGAUGGAGUAGAUAUGCCCAAUUCGGGUUAGCAGUCAUCGACCAAAUUGAUCGUAAAACAUCCAUUACAAAGUUGCUAUCAUGUGUUCAACCCAAUGGAGGUUACUUGUGGCUUCCUUUGUUCUUAUCUCUUACUGAAUUACACAACCCUCGAAGAGGUUAUCUCGUCAAUGAUGCAUGUUUAGUUGAAGCCUAUAUUUCCACUGAUACUACAGGUUUGAUUUCACAUGAAUUGAUAGUCUCACAUGAAUUCAUAGUCGAAACUGAUUCGGCCAUAGGCAACCAGAAAACUACUAUAACCAGAUCAGUAGAAAUCACAGCUCCAUCAUCUCAGCCUUCUUGCCAGAUUGCGGCCAUUGAACCCAAGACUCCUACCAAGGAAGAUAUGAACUCAUCUUCACUAGCUUAGAAUCUGAUCUUUUGAGUUCCAAAACUGUUUUUUCUCAAGAAGAGGCAAGGAUGGCUCUAACUAAAUUAGACGAAGCCUUGAAUAUGACUCCAAUUAAUUUUCACGAUUCAGGGAAGUUUUCUCCACUCAAGCAGGCAUUCAAGAU